CAAACAUAAACAGUGGGUGAGAAACCGCUAGAAAUGGAGUCUAUGUUGGAGGCAGGUGGCAAGAAGGAAAGCCGCCCAUUUAAGCUCUCUGGCAUUAUUUACCGAAGAUGAGCAACAUCAGUACAUAUACUAAUCUUAACAAGACAGCAGAAGAGGAAUAAGAAGAAGCUUAACUAGUAUUUGGCCACACACCAGAGGAAGGGACUCAACACUGGUAUUUGCACAACCAUCUCCAAGGAACACCCUUCAUCAUGAGUAUGCCAUCCUCCUCCCCCAUGGACAGGCUUAUGACCCUGGACAACAUUGAGAAGGACAUAGCCACCGUCCUUCAGUCAGCGGGCCAGGCCCUCACAGAACUCAGCAAGGACAAGCCGGCCAACAAGCAGGUGGAGGCACAUGUGGCACAGUUCCGCCAAACACUCACCAAUGUGGAGACAGAACUUGCUAAGCAGAUCAACUACCUCACCCAGGUGUCCACAGGCCAGGCACAUGAGGGGUCAAGCUACAACUCCCAGAAGACCCUCCAGAUGGCCAUGCACCGCCUCGACCACGCCAAGACUCGCGUCAACGAACUGGAGGCCAUCAAGAACAAGCACAUACAGAUCAUGCAGCAGCACCAACUACAGAAGCAGCAGGGGAUGCAGCAACCCCCACAGGCCUUAUGAUGUGGGAGUAGGGGAAGGGAGGCUUUGGUUAGGUUCUUGUAUGUCUGGUUCUUGUAUGGGGUCUUGAGGGCUGUGUGAGGAGUCAGGAGCUGCAGAAAUCAGGCACUGUGAUGGUUACACUCUUUUAUAAUUAUUCCUGUUCUUAUUUUACCAUUUAGCUUUUUCUUUUUGUGUAUUAUUGGCUGUCAUUAUAGUCACAUUUGUCUUGUGUUGUGAUAUGGCCUGGUUUUCAGUGGUAAGAGUACAAGUCCCAACUAAUGUCUCCCAAAUGCAGUACCUCUCUUAUUUCAUGAAGUCAAAAUAUUGGAAGUUAAUGACAGUGUUCAGUCUUGUAAUAAUAUUUUAGGGAUCUGAAACAUAUAAUUACACAACAAGUUACCAAGUGCGUCUGAGAACACAACACAGCCUUCAGUACGGACACCAAGGAGGAAAAUAACACACACACAGCUUUUGAUAUGUUUUACUUAACACAAAGAGUGACUGAAUCACCAGGCAGCACCCAGCCAGCUGCCACACAGAAGCAGCACAGCGAGUCCUUCACAGGUACAAAAAAUUGCUACUUUCCUAACACUCCUCGGACUAAUUACUGCACUUCCAGCCUAUACUUUCUAGCGCACUGGUAGACACGACCUUACUUAAUAAGAUGUGUGUGUGUUUGUGUGUAUGUGUGUUUACCUGUUUGUAUUUUUUUAUGUGUAUAGUUCAAUUUGGUGUGUGUGUGUGUGUGUGUGUGUGUGUGUGUGUGUGUGUGUGUGUGUGUGUGUGUGUGUGUUUCAGUCUCUGUGUUGCUCUCCAGGCUGCAUUACACUGCACGGUAUUGGGAGCGCACAAAACAGUAGCUUUAUUACAUUUUUCUAUGCUGAAACUGUAUGAAACAAAACCCAAAUAAACUUAAAAAUUUCAA